AUGGUAGCUUCACUCCGCAAUCUGCGGAAUAACCCUCACUUUCUCUUCGUCCGAUUACCGUACAUCCUGUCCUUCCUCUGCAUCAUCUCCGGCGUGAUCUGGCUCUUCCUCCUACCCCUCGACGACUACUCGCGCAAGACAUACAUUUCCGAGAACGCGCUUCUGCCGGGUCAAGUCCAUGCGUAUUUUGCGGGCAGUGAACAGCAUAUAUUCCGAGGGUAUAAGAGGGAGUUAGAGGGAUUGAUCAAUGGGAAUGAGAAUGAGGGGGAGGAGAGUGUGGAGCGAACGCCGGUGAUCUCCGAGAAGAUACAGUCGAUUCUGAAAGCUAGCGGAUUGAAGGUCGCGACGCAGGGCUACGAGUACACCUCUUCGGGAAUCACGCACCAGGGGGAGAACAUCUAUGCCAUUAUCCAGGCGCCGCGGGGAGAUGCAACGGAGGCGAUUGUGCUUGUUGCGGCGUGGGAGACCAUUGAUGGGGAGCUGAAUCUCAAUGGUGUUAGCCUUGCGCUGACUCUUGCGCGGUACUUCAAGCGGUGGUCUCUCUGGUCAAAGGAUAUCAUCUUCGUCUUCCCCCCAGAUAGCAAGGCAGGAACUCAAGCCUGGGUCGACGCAUACCACGACAUGCAACCGCCCACCGUCCAGCCUCUGCCCUUGAAGAGCGGCGCCUUACAGGGAGGCCUGGUAAUCGAGUACCCCUUCGAGCACCGCUUCGAGAACGUACACAUCAUCUACGAUGGCGUGAACGGCCAGCUCCCGAACCUAGAUCUCUUCAACACGGCCGUCUCCAUUGCCGGCGGACAAAUGGGCAUCGGGACCCGAUUGCAAGAGAUGUGGGAUCACGACAACAGCUACGAGAAGCGGCUGCAGACUAUGCUAAGGGGCAUGGUGAAGCAGGGCCUGGGAUAUGCUGCAGGCGCGCAUAGCAGCUUCAUGCCGUACCAUAUCGACGCCAUCACGCUUCAGACUCAGGGAAAUGGCUGGCAGGAUGAGAUGGCGCUUGGCCGGACCGUUGAGGGUCUUUGCCGCAGUCUGAACAACCUGCUCGAACAUCUGCACCAAAGUUUCUUCUUUUAUCUGCUCAUGCAGACACACCGCUUUGUUAGUAUUGGCACUUAUCUACCUAGUGCGAUGCUCAUUGCUGGGAACUUUACGAUCAUGGCCAUUGCGUUGUGGCUGCGAACAGGAUACUACAAGGGUCCUGGUGCUGACGACUCGACUGUGACUCGAGACGGAAAAGCGAGUGAAAGCGAGAAGGAACAGCUUCUAUCCAAAGAUCAGGCUCAAGCUAUCUCUAAGGCGGGAGAUUCCAUCAAUGGAUCUACAGUUGCGGAACGCCAACUCGCCCUCCCGCUUACCCUCGUCAUCAGUCUACACCUACUCGGUCUCAUCCCGCUGUAUAUCUUCAACAAUAUCUCCCACGAGAAAUACACUCUCGCCACACAUACCUCCAUCGCCAUAAACGCCCUCCUCCCACCAACACUCUCCCUCCUCCUCUCACGCACCAACGUCUCACAACAGGCCCAACUCCACCUCAUCAAAUCCCUCUCUCUCCUCCCCCUAGGCCUCUUCCUCUCCACCCUCGCAACCCUAAACUUCUCAUUGUCAUUCAUGACAGGCCUCCUCUGCUCCCCUUUAUCCUUCAUAUCCUGUCCUAGCACCGCCACAAAGCCAGCCGUGCGCUACGCAUCUGCUGUCCUUGGACUGGUACUCCUGAACAUCCUCUCCCCGCCCGUGGUACUGCUCGCUGGAUGCAAGUACUUCGGUGUUGAGGUGACGACUGUUCUCACGGAGGCGGCGUUUGGAUGGGAUGUUUGGGGCAUGUGGACGCAGGUUGUUGUUUGGUGUGUUUGGUGGCCGGCUUGGGUUGUUGGGGGUGUGGUGCUUGGGGGUGGGUUGUUCAGUUGA